AAAUAAUUAACAGCACAGCUACUUUCUAACCUAAACAUAAACAAGUUACUCAAAAAUCUUAAUAGCAGGUACUUUUAAAUCUGAAAAUGGGAAAGCACAAAGAGGAAUCAAAGAAACAUAAGAAAAACAAAAAGAAGAUAGUCAAAAAGCAAACAAAGAAAUACAGUUCAAGUUCAGAAGAGGAAUGGGUUGAGAAAAAAGUUAAUACUAGUAGUUCAUCAUCUGAAGAGGAAUAUAAUAAAAAAUCAUGUUCCCGCAAACAAAAAUACUGUUCGAGUUCAGAAGAAGAAUGGGUUGAGAAAAAAGUUAAUAGUAGUAGUUCGUCAUCUGAAGAAAAUUAUAAUAAAAAAUCUAGUUCGCACAAAAGAAAAUACAGUUUUGAAGAAGAUAAUCGAAACACAUCUUCAAGCGAUGAUGAAACAAAGAAAAAGAAAGAAAAACCAAAGCAUACUGGUGAUUUAGGUGGUUCAGUAGUUGAUAAUGAGAGUGAUAAAAAUCAAAGGGAGGAUUGGAUGGGUCUACCAACCUGUUUUUUAACUUCUUCGAAUUCUGAUCGAAAAAAGGAAAGAGAUGAAGUAAAGAGGUUAAAAAGAGAGAAACAACAUUAUGAUCCUAGACUCUGUUCAAGAGAAUUAAAUCCAUAUUGGAAGGAUGGUGGUGACGGUUUGCCAAAAUUUAAAAAACCAAAUAUAGACGAUGAGCACGUUAAUUACCAUAAUACAAAAUCACAAUGCUACAAUGAGACUUCUAAUUGGAGGAAGAAAAAAGAUGCAAAAGAAAUUGGUUUAUCUGAUUCUAUAAAGCUGCAUUCAGGAAGUAAGUUGGAAAAUUCAGGUGCAAACCUGAGUGGUACAAAUAGUGAUAACGUCUUGUCAGAAAAGGAAUUAAAUUUACUGGCAGCUAAACUGGUUAAAGCUGAACUAAUGGGCAACAUAAAACUUGUAACUGAAUUAAAAGAUAAAUUAGAUAAGGCACGAAAUUGUCAAAAGGACAUUAAAUCGUCAAAGAUACAGGAAGAGGAAAUAUUAUUAACUCAUACUGACUCUCAGGGCAGAUCACAACCUUUAAAACAGCAGUCGGAAUAUGGAGAGUCUUCAGGUUCCCAUAAGAGAAAAAAGAAAGUCGAGACACAUAGAGAUGGACAAAGGGUUAGAUAUUUCGCCGAUGAUGAUAAAUAUUCGUUAAAGCAGAUGUUUGAAAGUGAAAAGUAUAAUUCUGUGGAGGACCAAAACAGUGAAUUUGUGAAAAUGGCUGGGAAGAUUCGUAAAAAUGAUGAUUUAGAUGAUAUAUUCGCAGACAACAUUCGUAAACAAGAAUCGGAUUCAAAGAUUGACGCCAAAAAAAGGGACAAGGCAGUAAACGAACAUCAGAGGAUUGCUAAAAGUUUAGAUAAUUGUAACAGAUGUAUUCAAUCAGAGACGAUGCUAAAGCAUCUUAUGGUAUUCAUGAGAGAAACUUCGUACCUGGCUCUUCCAUCAUACGAACCCUUAACUGAAGGACAUUGCCUCAUUAUUCCAUUUCGACAUGUACCGUGCUCUACUCAAUUGGAUGAGAAUGAAUGGUCUGAAAUCCUUGAUAUCAGAAGAGACCUAGUGAAAUUAUUCCAUUCUAAAAAUGAGGAAAUAAUAUUUUUUGAAACUGCCAUUUCGCUUAAUAAAUUUCCUCACAUGUUUAUCGAGUGUAUCCCAAUGCCAAAAGAGGAUGGUGAUAUGGCCCCUAUUUACUUUAAAAAAGCUAUCGAUGAGUCGGAAACUGAAUGGGCUCUUAAUAAGAAGCUUGUUUCUUUAAAAGGAAGAGAUGUUAGGAAAGCAAUUCCAAAAGGUUUACCUUACUUCUCAGUUUCUUUUGGUAUGGAACAGGGUUUUGCACAUGUCAUUGAAGAUGAGCAAAUGUUCCCUAGAAAUUUUGCACAAGAAAUUAUUGGCGGAAUGUUAGACGUUCACCACAGUAAAUGGAGGAAACCUAAGAGGCAGAGUUUCGAUGAACAGAGUAAAAGAGUUCUGGCCUUCUCAAAAGAUUGGAAAGAAUUUGAACAAACUUAAAUAACUUUGUUUUUUAUUACAUAAUUUCAAAAUGUAUGUACAUAGUUUAAAAAAAAUUAUAUAUUUUUUAGUGUCAAAAAAAUAUAGUGAAACGUACACAAAUAACUUUGUAAUUUCUUUUUACUGGUAUAGUUGUUUUUUUUUUGUUUAAUGAAAUGCAUUUGAUAACAAAAAAUUCCCAUAAACAAUUUGGGCUGCAUUCGAUAAAUCAAUAGUAAAGGGCUCUUAAAUUAUUUAUUCUUACCGUUUUAACAAUAUUUUCAGUGUUAUAGCAGCUAGUUUUACCAUUAUUUUGUCACAACUGUGAA